CUUGGCGAGAGUCCUACAGUAGCUGUAAACUAGUGUUGAGGAGGGAGGCUACAGUAGCUGUCUUCCUCUUGCCAUGUUCAAAAAGCGGGAGCGGCCGAAGGCUACACGCUCGAGUCGAGAAGACGAGGAGGAUCCCAGCACCGUGGCCUCGGGAGACUUAGCUGCCAAGAGGAGACGCCGCGGCGCCGUGGCCUCGGCCACCACGGAGGGUGGAAACAUCGGUGCCUCCUCUCGGAAAGAGCCCAUGUCGGAGGCAGCCCGCUUGGCUGACCGGCAGCAGGACGCUGUGUUUUCCGGCUUCAAGGCGAGUGGUUCCACGGAGAACACCCCCUCCUCCGAUGCCGUCCGGAGGCUGGAGGUGGACACCGAUGUGAGUCAAGACCACCGGGCGAUUCUGGAGCGGAAUGAGCAAAUCAACAAAGGCUUGAAGGAUGGAACGCUUGAGAAAGGCGUUUACCGAGGUCUUGGAGGUUACAAACAAUAUGCAAAUAGAAGUGAACAUGCAAUUGCCAAUUCCAAAUAUACAGGUUUGCUCGGGCCGUUGCGAAGCAGCCUGAGCAACGUGCGCAGCACCUUGCGAAUCGAGUACAUUGGCACGACUGGUGAAGGUGGGAUUUGCAAAGACUACAAAGAGACCGGUUAUUGUGGCUUUGGAGAUUCUUGCAAGUUUGCGCAUGAUAGGUCAGACUACAAGCCCAGCUACAUUUUGGAGCAGGAAUGGGAGGCCAAGCAAAAAGAAAUCGAGGCCAAGCGACGGAAGAGAUGGGAGAGGAAGAUGGAAAGGCGCAGAAAAGCGGAAGAAGAAGGGCGCCCCGUCGAGGAUGAUGAUGACUCCACUGUCAGCACGGAUGAAAGUGAUGAUGAGGAGUUGCCCACGGAGUGUUUUGAGUGUGGGGAAGCUUGGCAGCGCUGCAAGAGCAUUGCCGUGCAAACCACUUGCGGCCACUAUUUUUGCGAGGAUUGCGCCAUGGCGGCCUUCUCCAAGUCGCAGAAGUGCUCGAGGUGUGGCGCCAACACCAACGGCAUUUUCAACUCUGCAGAGACCUUGCAGGACAAGUUGAAAGCCAAGAAGGAGCGCCGUGCCGAGAGGAAGAGGAUGAAAGCGACCAAGCGCAGAGACCUCCAGAACACCUUCGGGGUGAGCACUGAAGGCAACUUUGUGUAAAGAUCUCCUUUUGCGAAUGGCAGAUUGGAGCCAGACAUGGGCUGUAAUUCACAGAUGGCUCGACCGGUAUGUUGUGGUCCUCGUUGAAAAGAAUAUGUCCAAC